AUGGCGUUUAUAGAAAAUCGAGUGGAUCCUAUUGGAGCUGCGUUAAACGCUAUCAAAGUUCUUAGAUCUAAUGUAGGUCAAAUAUUUGAAACAUUAGGUAAUGGAUUAAGAGCAGACCAUGGAGAAGAAGGCAAAGAAACAAAAUUUUUAUUAGAAUUACAAGAUUUAUUAAAUACGGUAAAUUCAAACGUAAGAGAUGUAGAAACAACAGUUGCAAGUCUUACACCGCCUCCUCCUGGGUUUUUUAGUUUAGGUAAUUCGGCUUACCUAAAUCAAGAAUGUACUCAGGAAAGGCAAGCCUUAUAUGGUCAAUUAGUUUUAAGUUACAAAUGGACGGAUAAAAUUAGGGAAUACAGUACAAGAGCUGUAUCUUUAUUAAGCCAAAAUUCUCUUAAACGUUCAUAUAUUUCCAGCAGUAAUAAAAGAAGAAGAACUCAGACGAGUAGUCAUAAUGUACCUCCACAAACUGUAGAGAGUGUGGUUGCUACAAUAGAUAGACUCUUCAGCGAUAUGACUGUUAAUGUAUCACGCCCUUUUGGAACGCAUGCUGUUUUGCAAAUUACAUUAAGUAGAGUUUUAAAAGCUGUCGUUGCUUUUAAAGGAUUAAUGAUUGAAUGGGUUGUGGUUAGAGGUUAUAUGGAAUCAAUGGAUUUGUGGACUGAAUCAAGGCAUAAAGUAUUUCGAAAAGUUACAGAAAAUUCACAUGCGGCAAUGUUACACUUUUAUUCACCAACAUUACCUGAACUAGCAGUUAGAUCGUUUAUGACAUGGUUUCAUAGUUUUAAUACUUUAUUUAGUGAGCCUUGUAAAAGAUGUGGUAAUCAUUUGCAUAAUGCUUUACCACCAACUUGGAGAGAUUUUAGAACUCUAGAACCGUUUCACGAGGAGUGUAAGCCAUAA